GUUCUUCGGAAGCGGGUGCUAAAGUUGUGUUUGGUGGGCUUCAGCUGUUUACGCCUAGACAAAAGUAUUCGGGAAAAAUUUCCAGUAGUGGUCUACCGUAUAAUCAGAUGCUCAAAGUGGGCCACCAGAAGGUGAGCAUUGAUGUUGACCUCGCGUCAAAUUCCAUUGAGGGAACAACGGAGAUAACUGUGUUUCCCCUAUCAGGUAAGCUCAAGGUAGUGAAGCUAGAUUGUCGAGAAAUGAAGAUCAAUGCUGUUUACGUGAAUGGGAUACGUCACACUAAUUUCAUCUACGAUGAUGUGUUGUACAUGAACAACCCGGAACAAUUUCAAAAUCAAGACGGCGACAAAGGCGGCGACGGCGACGGCGACAGGGAUAGAGACAGAGAUAGAGACAAAGGCGGCGGCGGCGACGGCGACGGCGACAGACACAGACACAGACACAGAGACGCUGACAACCAGCUAAAUAUCUUUGACCUUUAUUCCAGUAGAAUCAGCAUACAUCAGGCCCAUUUCAUUAAACAGAAAUUAAAGUACAUCUUCCAAGAGUCUUACGGAUUAGAUGAAGAAGAUUCAGCAAACGCAAUAAUUGGCAAUACCCAGGAGCUCAAAAUUUUGUUACCUGAAAAUAUGAAAUUCGAAUUAACGGAUAUAAAUAGUAUAGGAAUAGGAACUCCUCAAGGAGGGAGCCAACCAGGAACAAUAACCCCGUUGCACCUAAAGUCAAAAGCCACUGUAAGUGAAAUAUACACGCCGAUACAAAUAAAAGUUGAGUACGAACUUAAAAAUCCCCAGAAUGGUGUAAAUUUUGUUACCAAUGAGGACAUUGAAAGAAAAAUGUGGCAUGCAUACACCACUAAUUCCGAGUACAACGUGUCAACGUCUUCUUGGGUUCCAUGUAUCGAUAAUUUGGGUAGUAGGAACACUUGGUCUAUAGAUGUGAGCAUUCCACGAACCUUGCGAGAUAUUGGGAACCCCAGAAUAAUUGGAACAAGAGAAGCUCGACAGUAUCGGAGAACCGCAAAUAAUUCAAUGGACAAAAACAAGAUAAAUGAAGAUGAUGAACAAGAUGAUGAGGAGGACGAGGACUCUGAUUUGGUGGUAUGCUCUGGUGACUUCAAUAAUGUAAAAGAGACUCCUCAUCCAAUUGAUUUGUCCAAAAAAGUGGUUUCGUGGUCAAUUUUCAAUUCUGUAUCUGCGCAUCAUGUUGGUUGGGCUAUAGGGAGUUUUGAAAGUUUUGUGAUAUCUGCGGGCGGUUCUACAAACGAAAACGACGAUGGAGAGGAAACUGAUGGUUUGAAUGAUGUUGGCGAAAAGCAAAGCGUUAGCUGUCCUGUAACAAUAUACGCAUUGCGAGAAGACCUUGAGUUGGCAAAAAACACUUGUGUUAUGACUACCAAAGCCCUUGGAUUUUUCCUGAGUGAGUUUGGAUCUUUUCCCUUUGCAUCGUACAGUAUUGCAUUUGUCAAAUUCUCACCACAGCAGAGUAACUCGUUUGCAGGUUUGUCUCUUAUGUCCACAUCCCUUCUUUAUCCACCUAAUCUCAUUGAACCGAUGUUUACCACCACCGACAUUUUACUACAGAACAUUGCCAGUCAGUGGUCUGGUGUAAAUAUUGUUCCUCAGACCUUCAACGAUAUGUGGUGUACUUUGGGCAUAGCAGGUUAUAUGGCCAUUUCAUUUAUCAAAAGGUUGAUGGGAACGAACGAGUUUAGAUAUAAAAUAAAAACAUUAAUGAAUCAAAUUGUUCAAGAAGACAUUAAUCGCAGGCCCAUUGGUAAUCAAUUUUUGAAAUUUCCGGUGUCUGUAUCGGAUUUUGAUUUUGUUAGACUAAAGGCACCGAUCAUCUUUUUCAUUUUGGACAAUAGAAUGACCAAAACCGAUAAGUCCUUUGGAAUGCUAAGAGUAAUGCCAAAAUUGUUUCUUCAGGCUAUGUCUGGAGAGUUGCCAAAUGGCACUUUGAGCACAAAUCAUCUCCAGCAUGUAUGUGAAAAAGUCAAUCGCAACAAGUUGGACGCCUUCUUUAAACAAUGGGUGUAUGGAGCAGGCACACCCAGCUUUAUAAUAACACAAAGGUUCAAUAAAAAGAAGGGAAUGCUUGAAAUGAUUAUACGUCAAGUGCAACAUCAUCAAAAUAAGGAAAAUAAGUUAAGGGCGGAAACUUUUAUGGAUGAAGCUCUUUGUUACUUACACCAGGAGAAGCGAACGCCACCACAAAAACAGCAAACGUUUACUGGUCCGAUGACAAUAAGAGUUCAUGAAUCUGACGGUUCCCCUUACGAGCACAUAAUUCACAUCAAGGAACUAAAAACAACGAUUGAUAUUCAAUUGGCCAAAAAAAUACGUAAAAUCAAGAAAAAGGAUGAGGGUGUUGAUCCAGGUAUUCCUUUCAAUCAGUUCGGAGAUAUUCUACCAGUUGGUAGUACCAGUCUGUUUGUUCUUCAGGAUUGGGACAAGCGUGACGAAGAAUCAUUGAGUACUCUGCCUUUUGAAUGGAUUAGAGGAGACGUUGAUUUUGAAUGGAUUGCAAAAAUAGACGUGAGACAGCCCGAUUUUAUGUAUGGUUCUCAACUCGUUUAUGAUCGGGAUGUAGAGGCACAAUUGGAUGCAAUUCAAUAUUUUGGAUCAAUAGAGAAACCUACGAUCAUCUACUGUACCGCAUUAGUACGCACAUUUCUAGACGAGAGGUACUUUUACGGCGUAAGGAUUACCGCGGCACAAGCAUUGGCCCUGUGCUCUAAUCAAUCCAAUGGUUUUCUUGGAGUCAAAUACUUGGUUCAAGCAUUUAAGGAACUUUACUGUUUUCCUGGAAGUUCAAUUCCCAAGUCGAAUGACUUUACUGAUAUUAGAUCUUUUUUGAUCCAAAGAGCAGUCCCUGGCAUAUUAUGUCAAGUAACUGAUACGGACGGUAGGGUUCCAUCAGAUAUUCAAGAGCUCCUUUAUAAUUUGGUGAAAUUCAAUGACAACUCCAUGAAUGAGUUUCAAGAUUGUCUAUAUAUGGAUGAAUUGAUUAAGGCUUUGACAACUAGUGUGGUUAAUGGGUGGCGCAAGGAUGCUUCAAGCAGCGAUAACAACCACAACAGUAGCAGCGGCAGCAGCAGCAACAACAACAACAACAACAACAACAUUGAAUUUGCAGAAAAAGUGAGCGCAGAAGUCAACAGGUUGCAAAAGUUGGAUGAGUGGAGACCAUCGCAUCACAGGAUAGUACAAAUCACCUGCGUGAAAUCUAAAGUGAAAAUGGCACUAGCGGGAGCAAUGUUUAUUUCACUUGAAAGUCUAAUGAUGAUGACCCAAGACAAGUUUCCCAUGGAGAGCAGAGUCGAGUCAUUCAAAGGACUCUUGUUGCUAAGUGGCAUGAAUGUGCCUGAGAUUCUCAAUUACUUUUCAAAAGUCACUUUGCUCAACUUUUCUAGGCCUCUGUAUAAAAGGAAGCUCAUUGAAACAUUUAUUGAGUGUUGUAAUUUGAUUGCAGUACAUGGUAGUUUUGCUCCAGAAACCAAAUCUGCUGCUGAUCUCAGUGCCAAUAGUAAUUAUUCGCGUCUGGGUAUGGUUAUAAUUGACGAAAGCACUAGUUCUAAUAUGAAACUGAAACAUGAUUUAAUAGCGAGAGCAACGAUUAAAGGAUCGAUCGACGUGUUGAGACGCGACUUUGCACAAAAUCAAUUCUUGAAGCGUGUUCUUUGGGAGUUACUCCAUACAUCUUUGCUUAGUACUUUUGAAAAACGGAACCUAUUUUUAUUAACGGAGGUUCUAUUUGAAGAGAUUGACUCUCUUAUUGUUAAGCUACCUAUUCCCAGCUUACCGAUUCAAGAGCUUAAGCGGAAGGUGGUGGCCAAGAAUCUUGGCAAUGGACUAAUCUUGUUGAAGAGAGAGGGUCGUUUCAAGAUCCAAUUGAUGUCUCGGAAGUCUUCAACCAAUGUUGCGAACCGGAAAUCCAGUACACUAGAGGAACGUUCUCAGCACAAACCGACAUUAAAGUUAUCUUUGAAACCCAUUGUUGUUGAGCCUAUUGAUGUUGUAACCAGUGGGGCAAAAUCUGUAACUGCGACACCUAAAGCCCGUGAGUCUCAGUUGCAUGCACAUGCACCACAUGCACCACAUGCACCACAUGCACCACAUGCACCACAUGCACCACAUGCACCACAUGCACCACAUGCACCACAUGCACCACAUGCAAAUGAAGCUGCACAGAGUUUAGGGCGUAUUCUGCAGGUACGUUCCACCAAGUUAGUUACAAUAGACCAUCAAGCUAAAACUAAAGUCAAAUUGCAUCUUCCACGAGAAAAAUUGAAGACCUUUUUAGUGAAACAAGAGCCGCGAGAAUUGAUUUCAGUUUCUGGUACCAGUGUCCGGAUUAGAUUUAAAAGAAAACAAUCCACGGCUUUAGGGGAUGCAUCAGUUCACAGGUAUAUCAAGAUUGAUACUAAGAAGCGGAAAAUUGAAACUUCUAAUAAACCGUUUACGAGGGCAAUCCAUGAAAACUUUAUGGACCCUAAAACUGAAAACCUCUCGGUACCAAGCGAAUCACCUUUGCAACAGGAAAUCAAAGUAGAGGAAGUGAUUGCUCAACAAGAUGAUGUUGAGUCCAAGAGCGCACCUCACGGACCACUAGCUCACAAUGAUGCUAGUACUGCUGCUGCUUCCAAUCCUAUAGACCCUAUUCCCAGCCGAUUAAAAAGAUCUGUUUCUGAGCCUAUCCGAUCAAACAAACUUUCCAAAACUAUCCGAAUAGGAAAACUGAAAAAACAGAGAAGAAACUUAACUGACUUGGACAUUAAACCUAGUUUAAAAAAAUGGGACGAAGAAAGGGCUUAA